AUGGCGUGUCUGGGAGGAGGGCAGGAGCGAAGCCACAGCACCAAGUGCCGCGCAGGUGCCAACUUUAACAACGUGUCGAAGCGCCGUCGCUCAGCGCAGACCGCACCCGGCGCGGGGGAGCGCACAGAGGGCAGUCUGUGCCGCCCCACAAAGCCCUCACUGUGCAGCGCCGAGCCGCCCCGCGCCCGCCGGCCCCUUCUGCAAAUACACGCUGAUACGCGCUAUUGUCUUCCCCCCGAAUAUCACAGCCGGGGCACGAGGGCCGGGAGGAGCCGCUCACCGCACCCCGCGCGCAGCCGCCCCGCACCGCUUACCCCCGCGGAAGCGCUGCCCCGACCCUGCGCGGCUCCGCCCGCUCCCUGCGCGGCGGAUGGGGUGGGCGCAGCUCCCCCCGCGCUUCCUGCCGCCGGGCUAGGCUGGGCCGAGCCGGGCCGUGCCGUGCCGGGCAGCCCACGCGUGGAAAAACUGAGGGAGGCGGCUGCGCGGGGGUUGCGCGGUCGCUGCGCGGCCGCUGCGCGGCGCGGCGCUGAGCCUCCGUCCGUGCGGCGAUGGCGCAAACACCGCGCAAAACUUCACCCCCUCGCCGCGUGCGAUGGAGGGGCCGCUGCCCCUGGCCGAUUUGGUGCCCAAGAGGUUGACCCUGGCCCAACGAUGGCUUUGAAGAGCUCCAGAGAAACCAGAGCCAAAACGAUGGGAGCAAUGAUGAGGAAUGACAUUCUACUAUAAGAACAGUCCAUGGGUUCACGGGGCUCCAGGGGUGCAAAGUGCCACGGCCCACGCCAGGAUGUCAUCAUAGCUACUGUGAUGUCAUGAUAGCUAUUGUGAUGUCAUAACCGCUACGAUGGUGUCAUCGUGGCUAUCAGAACAGGGGUGAAUGUCAAUAAAGUGGAUGUUAGGGAGAAUAAUUUAUAUGU